UUAAACCGACGAAAAUAAUCACAAGAAGAUUAAUUUUAUUGGAGGAGAAGGAAAAUCCAGAACUUGCCCAGAAAAGUGAAAAUUCUGUGAAAAUCCCGUGAAAAUGGCAAAGCCUGUGAAAUUCUACUACGAUCUCCUAUCCCAACCAUCGAGGGCUAUGAUGAUCUUCCUGAAUGUUGCAAAGAUCCCGUAUGAGAGCCUCCCGGUAGCCCUGCGGAAGGGAGAACAUCUCACGGAGGAAUUCAAAGCCAUCAAUCGCUUCCAGAAGGUCCCCUGCAUCAGUGACAAUGGCUUCAAUUUAUCCGAGAGUGUUGCAAUUGUCAGGUAUCUCGCUGCAAAGCAUAAAAUUCCAGACAGCUGGUACCCUACGGAUGCUAAGAAGCAAGCCAGGGUGGAUGAAUACCUGGAAUGGCAGCAUCUCAAUACACGCAUCAGCUGUGCUCUGUACUUUCAGCUAAUGUGGCUGAAACCCCUGCUGACGGGCAAACAACCAAAACCCGAAGCAGUUGAGGAGCAUUUGGGGCGCGUUGUGGACACUUUGGAUGCAAUUGAGAACAUUUGGUUGGAGAAGACACCCUUCCUGGCUGGAAAUGACAUCACUGUCGCUGAUAUUUGGUGCGCAUGUGAAAUUGAGCAGCUCAUCCUCACUCCCUAUGACUUCCGGAAGGGACGUCCACGUCUCACGGCUUGGCUCGAGAAGGUACGAACACAGGCUAAUCCCCACUACGAUGAGGCUCACAAAGUUCUCCGGAAGAUCUCCGAAAAAACUUCGGCUAAGCUGUAAAAGGAGUCUCUACAGGUGGUCAGGAGGAUGAAGGAUUUGUGGUUCAGGGUUUCAUUUCUCUUAGACUGAUUUAUGGUGCUUUAUCUGCAAAAUAAAAAUGCCUUCUUGCUGAAGAUUAAA